GGGUUGUUUUACUUGCCCUGCCGGCUUUUCUUCCUUCAGUCAUUUCUUCUUUUUUCACCCAAAAUAAGAGGGGAGGGCCUUGGUCCCCCGGGCCUCUCCCCUAGAUCCGCCACUGGCGGAGUAAUUUGCAUAUGUGACUACGAAGGAGAAGAAGAAGAAAAAAGAAACUCCACCGAAACUUUGACGCGGCCUGCCUCAGGCAUCCUGCGUAAAAAGCCUGUGGAGGAGGAAGCGCCUGAGGGUUUGGAAUGAUAAUGGCGUUAGGCAGUCCUCCCUUCGCCCUUACCCACAUGAACAUUAAACGCCCGCAAACAUCCUAUUAAGAGGAUAUAACCAUUGUGAAUAAAUACGUUAUAUACGCCGAAAUGAAAAAUUAACAACAUGGCUUCCCGUUUAUGCACGCGGUCAUUCGCCGAAUAUAAGGUUGGCGAAAUUUCCCAAGCACUCCUCGGAAAGAAUACUGCAAAAAACCCAGGCAACUACGGAAAUGAAAAGCUUGGUGCAUUGUUUGGUUCUGCAAGAUUACUCCAACCAGAAUUUGUGCCAAUUACUCCGAAGAUGUCCAAAACGACAGAAAAGGAAACUCAACAGGAAAAUAGUCCCAAGGAAUUUCCCAAAGAAAACAGGAAACAAAUGGAAGCAAAUAUGAAGGAAUUUUGUUUCCAUGCAAGAAAAAGGAAAGAACCAACAAGUGAUGAUGAAGAUGAAGGCAUCCUAGUCAAGAAGUCUAGAAUGAAAAACAGGAAAUCUAAUGAAGUUGAAGAGGAUCCAGGGAGACUUGCCAGGACAAUCUUUGUUGGAAAUCUUCCAGUGGCAUUUACCAGAAAAGUAAGCAAUUAUUUCCAUUUGCUAUCAGUGUGUGUUAAAGAAACUGACACUUACCGGUAUAUGUACAAAAUAAAGUGUAGAGGGUGGGGACAAUGAUUCUCAAAGAUCAUAUGUCAAAUUGAAAGUAAAUCUGUGUAAUGGAAGAUUUUGAUAAAGGAAGGUGUUUUAAAUUUUUUUUAGAAUAAUGAUGUUUCAGGGACAGCAUGUCACCAUCAUCAAAUACAAAUUGUUACAGUAUUGGUAUUGUUAUAUUAUAAAUGUGUAUACAAAUAUAUGUUAUUUGCUGGCUGGGUGGUCCAUAUAGUGAAAAACUGUACAGAGCUCUUGGGCAUUUUCAAGCCCAAGGUCACAGUUUUUCACUAUAUGGACCAACCCUAAGCCGGAAAAUAACAUGUUUAUGUUUUUUCCUGCGGUAAUUGGUUUCAAUUACAAAUGGUUGUGUUAUGCAACUUUGUCACUGAAUCAGCUUAUGUGCCAUCUACCAACGAUUUGUAAAAAAUCUUCAUAAAGAGUGAGUAACUCAGAUACUAGACAAAGAAAGAUUUAUUAAAGAACAGAUUUAUUUCAUCAAACUAUUUUAUGUCAGUUGCGAAUGACUUGAAAUCAGACUUUUCUACCAUAAGUUAAAUAGCAGAAAGC